AUGGGCGGUGUUCAGUACGAGGACUUAAAUAAGAUCUCAAAAGAAAUUUGGCAAUGGUGCGAGGAGCGAAAUAUUUGGAUUUUUGCUUCCUAUAUUAGUUCAAAAGAUAAUUUUGAAGCAAAUGCCGAGUCGCGAAAAUUAGAACCUGAAACGGAAGUUGAACUAUCUAUUCCCGCAUUCAAUAAGAUUGUCAAGACUUUUAGAAACCCAGAAACCGACUUGUUUGCAAGUAGAACGAAUUCGAAGUGUAUACGUUAUAUCUCCUGGAAAAGAGAUCCUGGGUCUGAGGCGAUAGAUGCUUUUACCUUGAAUUGGAGUUCGGUUUUCUUUUAUGCUUUUUCGCCGUUCAGUAUAAUAUUAAGAACUCUUACAAAAAUUAAAAGAGAUCAGGCGGAGGGAAUCAUGAUAGUACCAAACUGGCCAACCCAGCCCUGGUAUCCGUUAUUUCAUUCACUAAUGAUUCGCAAACCACUUCAAUUUAAUCCGGAUAUCAAUCUUUUGACUUCGUCUGAUAGUAAUCCUCCGAUAGCAGACCUGCUAGUUUUACUAACGAGCGAAUUUGAUAAGGGGUUGUCACAUAGCUCCAUAAACGCCACAAGGUCAGCAAUCUCAUUAAUCGUAGACUCGGAAAUCGCUAAGGACCCUAGAGUGAAGCGUUUUUUUAAAGGGGUGUCCAGUUUGCGACCUUCAAGACCACGUUAUGAGAGCACCUGGGAUCCAAAGAUAGUAUUAGAUUAUUUCUUAGAAAUACCUCCAAAUGAGGAGCUAAGGUUAAAAGAAUUAUCGAAGAAAUUAGUAACCUUGCUCGCUCUCAUAACGGGUCUCAGAAUGCAAACAUUUUCAUUAAUAAAGAUUGUUAACAUUAGAAAUAGAGGAACGACAAUUGAGAUUAAGAUCCCCGACCACAUUAAGACAUCGAAUAAAAAUAGAACACAGCCUUUACUAGUCCUACCGUUUUACUCUGAAGAAAACAUAUGUGCAGCUUCAGCUUUACAGAGCUAUCUUGUAAAAACUAGAUCGUUACGUAAUGUACAGGAAUUGUUCAUUUCAUUCCAAAAGCCCCAUGAGGCUGUUUCUUCGCAAACUUUAAGUCGUUGGGUUAAAAAAAUCUUAACUGAGAGCCGUAUCGAUACCGAUAUUUAUUCAGCUCAUAGUACAAGACAUGCGUCCACAUCGGCCGCUAAAAGGUGUGGCGUUGAUUUAGAACUAAUUAUAAAGACGGCAGGUUGGACAGAUAGGUCUCAAACAUUCGCCAGAUCUUAUGACAGAGAGAUUGUAAAGGAUAACCAGCAAUUUGCUAGGUCUUUCUUAAAUUGUUAA